AUGGCCGUGCUCCCCGCACACCUCGUGCCCAAGCUCUUCACCCGCCUUGCGAGCGAUCGCGGGUACGACCUCCGGGAUAACCGCGAUCCGCGCCCCGAUGCCGCGACGCUGUGGGCGUUCUCGGCGCUCGCGGACCCAGUCAAGGCGCGGCAGAUGCCGACGUGGACAUUGCAGCUGCCACAGGCGACGUUGCUGCAGCAGCUGGGUGGUUUCGACCGGGUGGACGAGAAACAGCACCCGCUCGUCGCGCUGCCGAAGCUAUUCACGGCUAUGCGGCCAGACGCGAGGUUCCUGACGACGCUGAGGCUCAAGGAUCUCGACGACGCAGGGCUGCAGGCACUGAAACACCUUCCCGCAUUGACUGUGCUGGACACGCCGGCGGGCAAGUUUGCAGACGACGGCGUGCGCCUCCUCGCCGCCGCGACCAGUGUGCCCGAGCGAAGAGGGGCGUGGGGGCUGAGAGCGUGGUUCAUGACGGACUGCGUGCGUGUGACGGACCGGAGCAUGCGCGCUCUGAUCCGCUUUGGAGGGCUGGCGCUGCUCGAUCUCCGCGGCACGGGGUGCUCCCCCGCGGCCAUUGGGAGCUUCAACCGCGCCAACAAGGCCUGGGACGGCGGGGCCGACUUCCUCCCCGUCACUCCCGGGCUUAGGGGGCUGUUCGCCAUCGACGAGCUGGACGGCGUGCUCGAGAAGCUGUGCAUGACAUUGCUUGCUCCGGAUGUUGCGUUACCUACGGAGGUGCCGGAGGGCGAGCGGACGUACCUCUCGCUGCACAUUGAGCCGGCCCUACAUGACCUGGAAGACGCAUGGACACACCUCCCCCGGCGACACAGGGUGCAGCAAGCGCGCGCAGCCUACAACGGGGACAAGGCCUUCAACGCCGCGCACGGGCAGCUGUGGGGCACAGGUGUGUCGAAGAUCCACGACGAGGCACAAGACUUCCGACGGCGCGUCAAGACCGCGCUCGAGCUGCAGGCCGAGGACGAGUACGCGCAGUACUGCGCGGACAACGGGCUGCCAAUCCCGAAGUCGCGGCAGGAGAAGGCAUACGACGCCGCCGUGAAGGCACGCAGGGAGGACAAGGCGGCGAAGAAGCGGUGGAUGGAGGGCCGUGUCGCGGGCAGCGGGCGGAUGACGGCGGCGACGAUGGGCGGGAGCAGCUGGCGGCACACGGGCCGGAUUGGCUCUGUCGUGCCGGAAUCCGAGGCCCAGGUCGAAACGCAACGCGAGCUGGAGAUGGAGGCGGCGUCGGCGGACGAGCGCAGCCGGCGGUUCGCUGCUGUCGCUGCGGCUGAUGCGGCGGAGAGGAAGGCGCGCCGCUCCAAGGCGCUCAGCCAGGCGCAGGCGGAGAAGAGCAUGCAGGGCAACAAGCAGCUGAUGCUCGUGCGCAUGCUGCCCGAGGACUGGCGGGACUUGCGCUGGAUCCCGGCGCAGAAAGAAGCAGUGCCCGCCUCGCAAGAGGUCGGCAUUAAGAAGCGCGCGGACGCCGGAGAGGCAGUGUACGACCUGCUCGCGAGCGCGGGCAUCGUGCUCGACGAGGAGGCGAGCUCUGAACAGCCAAGCUCCCAGCCGCCGGUCGCCAGUUCUCAACCGCUGCUUUCGUCACCAGCACCAACACCACGGGCACCGAAGACGCACCCGUUCUUCAAACCGCCAACGAGCUCGUCGCCCGCACCGCCGUCCUCCUCGCAGUCGAAACGGGCCAGCAACCCAUUCGCGAAGGCCCCGGCCUCGUCACAGGCGUCCCAGGCGUCGCAGGGGGGAUUCAACCCCUUCAAGGCGAAGAGAAGGGCCGAGGUGAACUCGCAGGGCGUGAAGAAGCUCGCACCCGUACUCGGUGAGAAGCGCAGACUGGAGCCUAGCCAGAGCCAGUCGAGCCAGCCGGGCCAGGCGAAGAGAAACGUGUCCCGGAGGCUGUAA